AGAUAAAUCAUGGCGCUACAUGAACUAAUGCUAACGCUCUUUCUCUUCAGUAAACUUUCUCCGUCCACAGCUGAUAUUGAAGCAGGUUCUCAAGUUUGGGAGGCAAAGGAGAAUUUUCAGUUCGGUAUUGCAGAGGGAAAUGUAGAGGUAGAGUGUUCUUUACUUUGUUAUGAUUUUUAGCAGGUGAUAGAGCAGAACACGGCAAAAGAUCUUCCUUUGAAAGAUCGCGCAGUAGUAGUCUUUCAGAGUGUGUUUUUUAAUUGGUUUGGGGCUUUUAUUGGGUUUUACCUCUCAAAUAUUAAAUCGAUUGACAUGCUGCCAACAACUUUUAUAUGUUUUUAUGUUUGGUUUACGAUGUGAUAAAAACGAAAGUUGCAAAUUAAGUUUCGGAAACUAUCCACGAAACAUGACAAGUUAAAAAUCCUUGAAAAAGUUGUUAGGAUAUUAUUUAUCAUUCUGGGUUUACUUGUUCUUAAUAUUGUACCAUUAACUCGGAUUUAGUCGUUAAAUCCAUAAUAUAUUGGGGAACUUAGAGUGGUUGGAAGAUUCGACUUCCAAAUGUAGGCGACAAGUAAGGUCAAUUGAGGAAAUGUGUUAUUUACAUUGUUUUCUUAUCUAUUGAUGUACCUACAGCUGGUUUAAUAUUUUGCAAUUAUAAUCUUACUUCAAACCUUUACAAAAUUAAUUAUGGAAAUAUUUUAAAGUUAAAAUGUCAGCUCUCUGGUUUCAUCAGAGAUUUUAAGUUCAUUUUUUCAAAGUUGUGAGUUCCAGUGUUAAGUUUAACGCUUUUUAAAAGUAUUUUAUAUAUUUGUCCCAACACUCAGAGUGAACAGAAUUAAAAGUAAUGAUCAUUAACCAGCUUUGGAUCGGCUCAAUGGACAGGAGCAUUGCUGGUUUAGCCUUCCAACUCUCAAAAUCUGAUUGUUCAUUCUCCCCUCUAGCUGAUAUACAUUUCCUUGUAAACUAGUUACAAGAAUAUGGUGUUAGAUCAAGAUAACCACUUUUAGCUGAGAUUACUUUAAGUAUUCUUAUUACCCGUUUGUUGGGUAAUAUAUAGAUAUUCUGGGGAGAAGUUAAAUUUUGAUCACUUCAGUGAAUUGGAGGGUUAAGCCAGGCAGAGUGCAGUGGUAUCACUAGACAGAUAUAGGCAACUAUUGUCUUAGACCAAGGGCCAGUGAAGGUGAAACAUUUGGCUUGAGUUGAGGAGGUAUAAACCAAGUGCCAGCAAAGCUUAAAGAUUUUUCCUCCCCUCUGAUCAGCCAAAGAUUGCAUCAUAUCUUCUCAUAAACACCUUGCUCUGACAAGCCCAAAAGAAGAUACUAAGUUUUGCCUCGUGAUACAUAAAUUGCACUCCCACUUCACAGCCAUCCAAUUUUGUUGAUCACUUAACAUAGGAUUACAGACUGAAUUUGACAACACAAAGUCCUAUCACCAUUAUUAAUCAUCAUGUUAAAUUCUUUAUCUUGUAGGAUUCUGUUCUUGAUAUUGACCUUACUUCACACUUAUCCUUCAAAUAUCAAACAAAUGAUGGACGAAACAUUUUUGUCUUUGACAAGCUUUUAAAACCAAAUACACUGAGAGCAUUUUUAGAUUAUCUGAAUAUAGAUUUAGGUUCCUGGCAGUUUCGGCUUUUUGAACCUUACGAUGGCGGCGUCGAAGAGUUAUCAGAUAAUAUUCCGUGGGUGAAUCCUGUAGACUGUGUUGAAUUUUCAAAAUCUAUUGUGGGUAAAACAAUUCAGAAGGCAGUGAUGGAUGCUGUUGGCACAAAAGACAUUUACUAUCCUUACAAAGUAAGAGGGAAACUUAUGCGACGAGGAGACUUCACAAAACUUUACACUGAUGCCAAUAGAACGGAUGGUGAAUUUUCUGCCAUGAUGUUCUUGAAUCCAAAAUGGAGGAAAAAUGAUUAUGGAGAGCUAUAUUUGUAAGUAUAGAGUACUAAAUAAAUUUUAUUACUAGAGUACUAAAUAAAUUUUUUUUUUUUUUUGACAAAUUCACAUUUAUUUUACAAAGCCUGCAUAAUAAUUACAAACAUAAGCAAACAGAUCUACUGCAUUGAAUAAACUAAACUGACUUUGACUCCUAAAAGUGACUAGAAUCUAAUUUCUCCUUACAAUAUCACCCCUGAAUCAAACAUUCAGGUCAUGAGAAUAAAGGAAAUGAUCACCGACUAAAGAAGCUCUUGAUUGUUAAACAAAUUCUCCCUACAACACUAUAGGAAAUGUAUGGGAGAUUAUAAUACAUACUGAUGUUUAAGGGCAUAUUAGGGUUGAUUAAAGUUAUUAAGCCUUUAACAAGGGAUUUAGAUGGAAAUUCAUCCUUUCUUGUCAGCUUCCAUCAUCAAUACUCUUUUCUCAGGUAACUCUUAGAAAGUUGACCCUCUAACUCCCAUAGGAGACCAAGACAGAAUUUCUCCUCGGUAUAAAAUCAAUGCUAACAAUAUCAGGCAGACAUUGAGUCAAGAAUAAAGAAAAUAUGUCUUUUACCAGAUUGUUAGUUUUUCCAAUACAAAAAUUCUCUGCACUAACAUCACAUUAAUUUUAUGACAGACAGUAAGGAGGGAUACUUGUGAGAUCUGGGUGUGAAAGGGUUAUUCAAAGUAUUUUGUUACUAACAAUAAAUUUUGUUAAUGUUUUUCUCAAUCAGUGAUCAUGUGUAAUAGUCUGACACAGUCUCGUAGUUAUUGCUCGAUGAAAUAUAUUUUAGAGAUGGCUAUUGCGUUAAAUUAUCCGAACUAUUAAUUUAAAAAUGAGGGGUGUACCAGAGGAGAAGUCUUAAAAGAUGGGUUGGGAAGAAGAAAGACUAAGAACUACAAUGUCAUUUUCCAUACAAUAAUUUUCCAGAUAUGAUGAAGAUAUUGAAAUUGUUGCUGGAGCUGUUCCCAAGUUUGGCCGCCUGGUUGUUUGGGACAGUUCUGUUUCCUACCUUCCAAGGCCUCCAAGCAUUGCUUUCAAGAAAGGCCAGCUGCUUCUGCAUGUUCAGUUCUCAAAAUCAAAAGAAAAAAUGCUGAAGAGCUAUGCAGAUGUAACUGCAUCAAAAGCUAUACGUCAGGCUGCAUAUGAUGCUGGUUUUAUUGGCAGUGAUAAGCCAGUACCAAAUGACAUUGACAUUGAGAAGAAUUUUGUCUCAAGUUCUAAAUCACUUGAAGGAAAGGAGAUCCAUGUGUUUGAUGACCUGUUUGAAAAGGAAGAUUUGGAUCGGUUGCGAGCAUUCAUUUUCAAGCAUGGCACAUAUUAUUAUGAUGAUAGUGAUGAAGGUGAUGAUGACAGUGACAAUGUCCAAUGGAUCGCAGGCUUUGAGAUUGACGCAUAUAUCAAAAGUAGACUUUGGAACAUUAUGCAGCAGGUAAGUUCUCUUGCUUGUUUAGAUUAAGUUGCCACAAUUUGAAAAUCAUCUCGUUCUCUCUCAAUUCUUAAAUGCUAUUGAUAUCUAAAACAGGGGUUACAAAACAAGCCAGCAAUCAUCAGAGUUCCACCAGCCACUUGAUAACAUAUUGCCAGUUACUCUUGUCAAUAUAAUUACCUUUUGGCUCUUAACCCAUUAACUCUCAGAUUAAAUUUGUAAUUCUCCUUACUGUCAACCAUUCAAUUCUUCUAGUGUUAGUUCAGAGAAUUUAGUAUUGGAUCAAUUAAUUAUUUCCAAAUUGAUAUUUUUCUUUAUUCUCAUCUCUUAUCUGGUCGAUGUUGUAUUGAUAUUGUAAGGAGAAAUUCUGUCUUGGUCAUUCAUGGGAGUUAAAGGGUUAAUGGACUUUUCACAGUCACCUGCUUUGGCGGUGUCUGCCACCAUUAAUUAAAAAUAUUUUGAAACCCCUGCUAAAACCACUUUGUCAAUUAAAAUUCUUUGCUAAAAAAAAAAGAAAACAUAAAAAAAGAGCUGGUUUGUACUUUAGCACUUUAUGUCCCAAGAUCUGAUUGUUAAUUCUCCCCUCUAGCUGCUAGAUACAAGAAUUUGGUGAUAGAUCCAGAUAAAAGUUUGAGGGAAAGUGUCAUAUUUACUUCGCAGACAAGUUUGAUCUUGCAAUGAGAGAAGCCACCUAAUUUUGUGUGCAGCACAAGAUCUUUCUGCUUCAAGGAGCUUGUUGUCACAGUUAGAUGAAGUUUUAAGUCUCUAAAUUUUUCAUCACUCCUCUUACAAAAUUUAAAGAAGUUCAAUUUUACUUGUAACAAAAUGCUAUUCAAAGUGACUGGUGCCCAUUGAUACUCCAGCAUAAUGAGAGGCACAAAAGAGAGGCGAGAGUUAAGUGUGUUCAGUCCAAGCAUGUAACAGAUGACCCCAAUCAAAGCUUGUAAUGAAAUCUUUUUAUCUAGAGUCAGUCAUGCUAAUGAAUGAAUCAUCUUUUUCCACAUGUAUACUCAAUUUCUAUAUCAAAUCUGACUCACAAUUCACCAUAAUCUAAAACCAAAAUGGAUCAUUAACCUUUAGAGUAACAAGCAUCUAAUUUCUCUGAACAUUGUAACCCCAUGAUCACACAUUAUGGUCACGAGAAUAACAGAAAUGGUCGCCAACUAAUUAAUUCUCCUUAUCAGCACCUUGGGAAAUGUAUAGAGAACAGUAUGGAGAAUAUGCAUAUUGAUGUUAAGGUGUAAAGGGAUAACAAAGACUUUGGUUUUUCAGACGUUAAAACAUAUAACAGGGCGCGACAAGUGGUUCCCUUACGACAUCUCCUGUAACUUGAUCAGGAGUGCAGACCACACCCGUAUACACCAAGAUUGUGAGCCACAUGAAGAUGAAUGGACAUACCUGAUAUAUCUAACACCAAACUGGACAAAGAAUGACUAUGGAGAAACAGCUUUCUAUGAGACAAUGACAAAUGAUAACGAGAUUAUCACUGAGGUGCGACCAAAAUACGGAAGGGCUGUUGUCUUUCAAGGUACUGAAAUAUAACUAUGUUGAUUUUUGUAAUUGUUUUGGUGAUGGAUGUCAGAGAAGGGCUAAAUUACACAAGGAGUAAAAUUAUGUGCAAUGCGUGUCUGUUGUUUUUAUUAAGGGAUGUAGAAGUUUGGAGAAGAAAGAUUUAAAGUAAAAAGAGGAAGUGCUUUGCAUCGGUUCCACCUCGGGCGGUGAAAUAGCUCAUGAUACAAAAUCAAAUUUUUGCCAGAGAAUUCUGUGUUGUAAUAGGUUAAUUAUUUGAUCUCUGAUGCAUAAUGAACAAACUGUAACAAAAAGGUCAAUUUUUUUAUCAAAAUCCUAAGUAGUUUAUAGUAUAAUAUGUAAAUGGUCAAGUCUGGCCAGGAAACCAAUUUGCCGCUCUAGGAAGAGCUUAUUCCGGUUUCUUAGUCACUCAAGCCCCAGAUUAAUGGGAGGCAGGAGCCCAUGGGCUCCUGUGGGAGGUUAUGUUAGGCCCCUUUAGAAAGUUUUUAUCGUUAAUCUCUACCCAAUACAUUAAACCCGCGAUUUCACCAAAAAUAUAAGGGCUGAGAUGGGUUUAAUUGAAACAUACUUGCGGAACAAAAUUCUAGUUUUAUCGGGGGUGGGUAUAGGUUUAGAUAUUUCAAUAAGUACUCUAUGAUUUUCAUAGAGGAGUACCCUCAGGGGUUUGAGUCACCGUAAUGAUUCGAUUUAGCACCCGUGGCGCUUAUUUACUUACUGUAUGAUACCUUUAGGGUCGGCACUUAUCCGAAACAGGGUACUUGUUAGGGACAGGCACUUAUUUUUAUUAUUAUUAUUAUUAAUGUGUGGAACAAACUUUUGACUUUUUUAACGAACAGUUGCAGAAAAUGUAAACGUAACAAGUAUUUAGUGAACGUUUUCGCAUAAUAAUGGUAGAAGGUGUACUCGAGUAGUGUUUUCACUAAAACAAAAUAGAGGCGCUUAUUGGUAGGAGAGUGCUUCCGAAAUAGGGUCGCUUAUCAGAGUAGGGGCGCUUAUUAACAGAAAAAAAUUCAAGGAAGUCGCUUGUUAGAGAGGGGCACUUAUUGAAUCGAAUCAGUUACUGUAUUGAAAGUUAACUGAACAAACAAGUAACAGCUGUUUUAGGUGCUUCAAAAAAACACUUUCGAUAACUAGCUGUGUAUUCCCUUUGGCCCCAGGAAUCAUUCCUCAUUCAGCAAGGCCGCCCAGUACAAACCAAUCACAUGCUCGCCUCACCUUUGUAGCUAAAGUGUCUGUGGAUGAGUUUGUGGGCCGACACAAGGCAUUCAGAGAGGAAAUGAGGCACUAUCAGGGUCUGGUGGAAUCAGAGAGUAUGCUAGAUGCAAUGGAACGAGGACUAGGUAAACUAUCAUAGACUAUAACUGUUCAAACGAGUUCUCCUCUUUGGUACGCUCACUUUCACGUAAGAUUCCUGUCUUGAGCUUGAUGUUUGAAAGAAUUCCCCUCGCUCUAAUGAGAAACCUCUGUAUAAGUAGCAAUUUUAGAGUUCUUCUUCUUGUGAAACAAGAUGUACUUGUAUUUUUAAACAUUGUCACAAUUAUUUCACGAAACUCGCACCAUACAUCGACCGGCUUAGAUCGGUUUUUCUCGAAAUCGCUUGCGGGGUGCCACUGUCACGCUCACUUCCCGUUUCCGUUCAGACAAACCUGUAUUUUUAAAUCGUUUCCAUUUUGAAUAUCGUAGGCUUUCAACUAAAAUAAUGCGUACUGCACAUGGUAGUCUUAUAAAGGGAAGACUACACAGAAGAAUUUGGUGACUUGCUUUUUUUCCUUUAGAAAAGCUUUAGUAAGCCCAACCAUGACUUGGCCUAACUAAGUCGCCCGCUUUGAUAAACUUCCUUCUCUGAUAAACCUAGACCACAAGCAGUCCCUCUUUUUCGACAAAGUCCAUCGUGCGAGUAAAAAUAAAGUCAAUGAAAAAAAAAAUAGACGUUAGUGCGCCUCGCGUAACCCUGGGAGUGAGGCGGACCAAAAGUACUUACUCUUGCUUUUUUACUCGUGCGACUGACUAGGGACUUCUUCUUGUUUACAAUACACCUUCCCCCUCCCCCUCGCAUGCGUUAUAGGCAAUUUGCGAGUUCUCAUGGGUUCCUUGUGAUAUGUUCCCUCGUUCUCAUUGGCCGUCUGGAUUACUCUCAGUUAGUUUUGAUUGACAACAUCCCUUUGAAAUUCGCUCAAUAUUUAUUUUCUCGUUUGGUUAGAUUUUGACCCAGAAGCUGAGGAAACCGAGCCUCGUGAUGAGAUGUCAGACGACAGAGGAGACUCAGAACCUGACGAUGAAAUGGAAGAAGAGGAAGAAAAUGAAGAGGAACCCAUCAAGAUAGAAAAAGAAGCUGAAGAAGGAGUUAUACACGAGGAGCAACCAGACCACCCAGUCCUUCAAGAACUAAACUCGCGUCUGGACGCAGUCGCGCAAAGUGGGGGCCUGGAUCAGAUGAGAAAUCUUCACCGAGAAUUACAUGCAAGACAUGUCACGGCACGACGAGAGGCUGUAAAACGAAUUACAAAUCUUAUCUGAGGUAUAAAGAAGUUUGGUAGUGUAAAUAUGGAAAUAAACACAACGUAGUAUCAACGGUGAAAGUGUUUUGGUUGACUGACGGAAAGUGAACAUGUGUUUGUAAGUAACUCAGUCAAGCUGUGUCUUACGAAGAUAGACGUUGAAUGGCCGAAAUCGAACAGUAAAGUCGAAAUCAGGCGGAACUUUCCGAAAUCGGACGAAACUGAAAAAUGCACUCGUUUACAGCCAAUCAGACACGCGUGAUUUUUUUCAUGUUCAUAAUUAAACUACCAACAAUUAUUUCUCUAAUGGACGCUUUUUAGUUGACUAAAGUUUCACCAAAUUUUGAAAUAUUCCUUAACAAAAGUUUUAUGGUCGAUAAAAUUCUUUUGCGAACCGAAAUGAUUUUAAUGCUUAUAAAAUAGUGAUUGAAGAUGUCUAGGUAGUUUUUCCAGACAUUUUCUUCGUUCUUGUUUAGAAAGCUAGUUCUUUCUUGGGAUACUUGAAAGCGCUAGUAUUAUAUCUAGUAACCAGGCCUUUUUCUAACUGAAGUGGGACC